AUGGGCAACACAUACACGAUUGAACUGCCCCGUGAGAUGAGUACGCAUCCUACGUUUUACGUCGGUCGUCUCCGCCCGUACUGUCAGUACGUGCCCGUUUCGAGAUGCGAAGAACACCUCCGCGGUCGAGAGCCGAGACCACCUUCGAGUGGUCCCGCUUCAACGAGCCAGUCUGGUCGACUAGAGAAGCGACCUGUUCACGCAGUUCAGGGAUGCUUCGACGGGAUACAGCCAACUCGUCACGAAGAGAACGAGUUGAACGUUCGUUCUCAAGUUGCGCGAACACAGAAACGGCACGAUGGUCCAAACAUUCGUGCUUUAGGGAAUUGUAAUUUUUCCUUACAAGAUCCCCAAGCCCAUAACGCCGAAUCAGUUUGUGAUCCAGAUCAUCCGAAAACUGUUCCGUUACACGGUUCAGCUCUUGAACAUCAAGCUGAUUUGACCCUCGAGCCGGAUCAGGUGUUCCCGCCGCCACCACAUUCUUUGGUGGACUCAAGCGGUGGUCAACGCUUGCUGGAGAAGCGUAUUUUGAGCCACCGCGAUGUGAAUGGCGUCCGGACGAGCUACCUCUUCCGCUGGAGUGGCUAUCCACCGGCGUGA